AUGGAUAAAAGGAAUGAGUCUUCAAAUACUGACUUCAUCCUCUUGGGCCUCUUCCCUGGUAUGAAACAUGUCCACUUUCUUUUUUCUGCCAUCCUCCUGAUCUACACCAUGGCUCUCCCCACAAACACUAUCCUUAUUCUCCUGCUCUGGGUGGAUUCUCACACACCCAUGUACUUCCUUCUCAGCCAACUGGCUCUGAUGGACUUGAUGUUAAUCUCUAGCACUGUACCCAAGGUGGCAACUGACUUCUUCUCAGGGAGGACAAACAUUUCACAGGUGGCCUGUGGGACUCAGAUCUUCUUCUUCCUGACUCUAGCAAUUGCUGAGUGCAUCCUUAUCACCCUCAUGUCCUAUGACCAGUAUGUGGCCAUUUGUAACCCUCUGAGAUACACCCUCAUCAUGAGCCAAAGUAUUUGUCUGCAGAUGGCUGCCAUUUCCUGGGCUGGGGGAGCCCUUAUAUCACUCAUACAUACAGCCUAUGCCAUGCAUUUCCCUAUCUGUGGGUCCAGUGAGAUUUCCCAUUUCCUCUGUGAGGUCAUGGCCAUCCUAAAAUUGGUCUGUGAAGACAUCUCUGCCUAUGAGAAGGCUGUGGUGAUGACAAGCAUCACGGUGCUCCUUCUCCCCCUGUCCUGCAUCCUGUCCUCUUAUGCUCUCAUCUUCCUGGCUAUCCUUCACAUGCAUCCCCCUGAGGGCAGGAACAAAGCCCUGGCUACCUGUUUCUCCCACCUGACUGUGGCGAUUCUCUAUUUUGGUCCAGCCAUACUGGUCUAUAUGAGGCCUAGUUCUAACCACAGUCCCAAGCUGGACCAGGUUCUAUUUAUGUGUGGUGCUAUCCUCAUUCCUAUGAUGAACCCCCUCAUAUACAGUCUGAGGAAUAAGGAGGUGGUAUGUGCUUUGAAGAGGGUACUCGGAGGCUGCCUAACCUCAAAUUAG